UUGUAUGGAAUAUAUGUAUAAAUGCAAUUGUUAUUAGUUAAUGUGUGUUACAAUAAUUUUAAAAUUAGACGUAACGCUUAACUUUUUAUUUUAAAAUAAUCAAACGAAUAUGAACAGGGGAAAUGAACGAAUUGGUACUAUUGUUUCCUACAAUUUCCAACUGUACAUACCACGUGUAACCCAAUAUGUACACGCGUCAAAACAGAGGCCGCCACAGUUACAUUAUAGCAGUGAUCAGUUAACCUAAUAUGAUUUAAGUUUUGAGUAGUUGUAACGAGUUUAGAGAGACUGAAUUACUAAUAUAAAAUUAACUCAAAUAAUCUAUAAAAUAUAUUAUCAAUUAAAGUUAAUAUAAAAUAAAACGAUGAAUCGAUUUGUAGUAUUUUGUAUUCUGAUAACCAGUGGAAUUUCUGGAGUUUUUAGUGAAACUUGUCAAAAACCUGAGGUUGUUGCAUCUGCAUAUGUUACAGAAGAUGCUACGAUUUUGACAAAUGUUGCAUUUACAACACAAUUUAUGCUGAAGUGUAGUAAUGGUGUGAAAGGUAUUACAUUGUAUGCUGAAGUUGAUGGCAAAUCAUUGCCUGCUGCCAGAUUAAGUUCUGAUAACAAGUACCAGGUAUCGUGGACAGAAGACAUCAAGAAAGCACGUUCUGGAGAUUACAAUAUAAAAUUAUAUGAUGAGGAAAGAUAUGCAGCUAUACGCAAGGCAUACAGAAAUGGAGAGGAUCCAAGCAGUGUGAAGCCUUUAGCUGUAGUAGUACUUAAUAACCCAGGCAUCUAUCUAGGACCCUGGGUUAAUUCUGAACUUCUUGCUGCCCUUUUAGCAGCUUUAGUAUCUUAUUCUGCUUUUUCUUCUAAAUUCAAACUCCUUGCGUGAAUAGUUGUUUCAUAAAUAAUAAAUAUUUUAUAACAAUAAACAAUAAUAUUAAUAAUGUUAUUAUGUUUCACUGUCAUUCAAGACUUAUCUAAAAUAUAGUUUUUUUAAUUUAA